AGAGAGAGAGAGAGAGAGAGAGAAGAGCGCGCGCUCUCGCGCCUCUGUUGCCUCUGCUGGGGAGUGUGACAUCACCUUUCGGCACGGAGCCGGCUCACACACACACACACACGCGCGCGCGCACACACACACACACACAUUCAGCGGCGUCAGAGCUCAUCGUCUUUUCGCAGAAAGGGGUUGGACAGUAGUAUAUGCGUGCGUGUGUGUGUGUGAGUGAGUGUGUAUUUUCCUGCCACAAUGAGCAGCAGCAGCUUCGUGAACAUGGCGACGAUAGGAGACUUCGACCCGCUCAAUGCCACCGUCCCUGCCACCAAAGUUGAAAUCACAGUCUCGUGCAGAAAUCUGCUUGACAGGGACACUUUCUCCAAAUCAGAUCCAAUCUGUGUGCUGUAUACCCAAGGCAUCGGCAACAAAGAAUGGAGAGAGUUUGGGAGGACAGAAGUCAUAGAUAACACACUAAACCCAGACUUUGUGCGCAAGUUCAUUCUGGACUACUUCUUUGAAGAGAGACAGAACCUUCGGUUUGAUCUGUACGAUGUGGACUCAAAGAGCACCAAUCUUUCCAAACAUGACUUCCUGGGACAGGCAUGCUGUACUCUGGGGGAGAUAGUAGGCUCCCUGGGGAGUCGGCUAGAGAAGCCUCUCGGGGGCAUUCCUGGGAAGAAAUGUGGCACCAUUAUUGUGAAGGCUGAGGAACUAAACAACUGCAGAGAAUCUGUAAUGAUGCAAUUUUGUGGCAACAAGCUGGACAAGAAGGAUUUCUUUGGCAAGUCUGACCCUUUCCUUGUGUUUUACCGCAGCAACGAGGACGGAACAUUCACCAUUUGCCAUAAGACAGAAGUAGUGAAGAACACCCUGAACCCUGUAUGGCAGGCCUUCAAGAUCCCUGUCAGAGCCUUGUGCAAUGGAGACUAUGACAGGUGGGGCCUCAGCAAAACAAUCAAGAUUGAAGUGUAUGACUGGGACAGAGAUGGCAGCCACGAUUUCAUUGGCGAGUUUAGCACAAGCUACAGAGAGUUGUCCAGAGGGCAGUCCCAGUUUAAUGUAUAUGAGGUCAUUAAUCCAAAGAAAAAAGGCAAGAAGAAAAAAUACCUCAAUUCUGGAACGGUAACACUUCUGUCAUUCCUCGUGGAUACUGAAGUCACCUUCCUAGACUACAUUAAGGGCGGGACUCAGAUUAAUUUCACCGUGGCAAUUGAUUUCACCGCCUCAAAUGGCAACCCUGCCCAGCCAACUUCCCUGCACUACAUGAGUCCAUACCAGCUGAAUGCUUAUGGCAUGGCUCUCAAAGCUGUGGGAGAGAUCAUUCAGGACUACGACAGUGACAAGAUGUUCCCAGCGCUGGGCUUCGGUGCCAAGCUGCCCCCCGACGGGCGCGUAUCCCAUGAAUUCGCACUAAAUGGGAACCCACAGAACCCAUACUGUAACGGAAUAGAUGGUGUAAUGGAGGCAUACUACCAGAGCCUGAAGUCUGUGCAGCUUUACGGCCCCACCAACUUCUCACCCGUCAUCAACCACGUAGCAAGGUAUGCUGCCUCUGUGAAGGACGGUUCUCAGUAUUUUGUCCUCCUCAUCAUCACAGACGGAGUCAUCUCUGACAUGGCCCAGACCAAAGAGUCCAUUGUUAAUGCUUCAUGUCUUCCCAUGUCCAUUAUCAUCGUUGGUGUUGGACCAGCAGAGUUUGAUGCAAUGAUCGAGUUGGAUGGGGAUGAAGUCAGGAUCUCGUCCAGGGGCAGAUAUGCAGAAAGGGACAUUGUGCAGUUUGUCCCAUUUCGGGAUUACAUUGACCGGACAGGGAACCACAUCCUCAGCAUGGCGCGACUGGCAAAGGACGUGCUGGCUGAAAUCCCAGACCAGUUCCUGUCCUACAUGAGAACCAGAGGCAUCAAACCUUUACCCGCACCACCUCCAUACACACCGCCAGGACAGCCACUUCAGACCCAGAUCUGACCCGCUCUUAUCUGUAUCUAUCUCUUUCUCUCUGAAUCUCCCAAUGAUGUGGAGGGGUACUUCUCACCCUUCAUUAUCAGUCUCUCUCUCACGUUGCACUAUAGGCACUGGAAGGAUGAAGACACCAUGGCCAAACUGGUCCAGUGAGGCCUGAUUUACUUCCAUUACAAGCGUUCCUCUGUCAGGGUCUCUCUCUCUUUACUUCUCUCUCUCUCUCACUAUCUCCCUCUCUAUCUCACUUUCUCUCUUUGUCAGAGCCUGGCUUAUCUCUUGUAGCCUCACUAAAAUGGACUGAGCUUGACCUUUGUUCGGGCUCCAUGUUGGACUGAAGAAGAAAAGAAGGGAUCAGUUAACAUCGUUUCUUAGAGCUGCAUGCUAUUCCAGGAGAGGGGCUGAGGUUCGGAAUCCUCUGGCCGCAAAUCACUCGACUGUUGUAAAUAACUUUGGAAACUGAUCAUUUCCUUUUACUUAUGUAUAUUUCUCUCUCUUUCUCUCUCUCUCUCUCUCUCUUUCUCUCUCUCUCUCUCUAAGCUCUCACUCAGUGUUUACAUGUUGAUGAUUUUCUUACUGUUGGAUACUUUUAUAUAAGCGUAAACUUUCAGUAUGAACUUUGGAAUACGACUUCUAUCUGCGUGUUGUCUUUGCCACGCAUGUCAGGCACUUAUUGUCACAUUAAUCGCGUUGCAUGGCAUGGAGUAACAGCCAGCUCCGCUUCGUGAUGCAUGAAGGCCAUGUUCGACCUCAUCCUUUUUUCUUUCUCAGUCUUUCUUUCCUUUUAUUCAUUCUUUCCCUCUUUCUUACAUCACCCUGGCACAAGCGUGGUGUGUGAGUGUGUGUGUGUGUGUUUGUGUUUGUGUGUGGAGAAUAUGUUCUGUUGUGUCAAAACCUUAGCAGCUGCUCUCAAAUAGGAUUUGAGACUAUGAGCCCAGUGGUCAAAAACAUAGAUGCCAUUGUUUUUCUUCCAUUUCUGUCCUGUUCAUAGUUAACAAAACACAGUACAGGUGUUUUAUUGGUUUGUAAAUCAGUGUUGUUUAAAAAAAAGUUUUUUUAAUAUAAUUAAAACAAAUUAGAGUUGCCCAACAAUGUGGAUAAAAAGCACAGUUCAAUAAAUUCACCUGGAUACCAUAGGUGCAGGAUUUGAGUGUUCAUACUACAGUAUUUCUGCAGAGAAACAUCUAUACCUACACAGAUUUCCCCCCCAGACACCAAGCAAUUAUUCAAGAAUAAUUCAAUUUAUGUAUAUAU